AUGCUCCAUCCAGAUAUCCCACUCAGUCGUCAUGGGAUUUAUGAUGCCCCAGGCCCAGAUGAUCAAGAUGGUGUCAUUCGACAAUGUCAAAUUCAUUUUAUCGCAGAGGCAAUUCGUGAAACCCAUCGGGAGGCAGUGGAGGCACUUUUCAUGGAUCAGCCGCCUAAGCAAACUGGAUCAAUGAAACCUCGAAUUCAACUAGUUGAUUGGCCAGAGUUCCCAGCAGUUGAGCGUCUUCUCCCUCGCAAAACUCCCAAUUAUGGUCUUGGUCCUAUUACGGAGAAUGAAGGAACCAUUGACGGCACAUAUGCAGUCAUUCGCAACAUCUUUGUUGAUCAACUUGGGUACAAUCCAGACACAGAUUUUGAUGGAUCAUUGCGACUCGUAUAUGGGGAUCAAAAGACAGUCUCUUUGAUUCAGGUUGUCAAGAAGGAGCAGGCGGAAGCCACAUUGCCGUAUGAUAGAUGCAAUUGGCUGCUUCCUAUCCCUGGUCUCUUCCACUGGCGAACCAACUACAUGGACAUGAUCCAUGAGCUCUACUCUGGCACGGAGGCAGCCGCAGAUGAAACAACUCUACACCACAACAAGAAUUUUCUAGGCUGUGUGCAGGGCCACAAAAGUCCAUUUCACCACAAGGAGGAAGUGGCUACACGUGCUUUUGACGCCCGUGUGACUGCUAAAUUCUACCUGCUGCUGAGAUCUUUUGCAAAUGAGAAGGAUAAAGAUAUUCAACUAUCAACUGACGAGGAGAUUAAUCAUUACAUCAAAAAUAUGACACGCGCGUCCUUUCACCGCAUCAUCGAGAAUAUCCGAGACGAGUUGUUUACUAUGGCGGAGCAGCAGUCUGAAAAUAUGGCAAAACUGUUCCCAGAUCGUCCAAUCGACUUCCCAUUCUCCACGCAUGCGAAAGUUCUUCAACAGAUCGCCAUCUACAAGAUAAUGAAGAAGGCCAUCAAAUAUGCUGACAUUGGGAUCCUUCGGCGUAUAUUUGCGCUGUGCUGUUUCCUUUUCCACGGCUCAAAGAAGUCUAAAUAUGCCUUUCUCUCCUUGUACAUGACAUGGCUCACACAGACUCCGGCUGCAAGCCCAGAGCUCCAAAAGGCUAUAUUGGCUAAUGGGCUGGUCAACAUUCGCGGCGCAGAGGAUUCCUGGUUCGAGAUAGACCGACUGAAUGAGUUUUUCAACCUCCAGAUGAAGUCCCUGAUGACCACACGACGUACCUCUACCGUCGAAGUCACGCCCAUGUUCCAACGAAUGGCAUUGACAGCCAGUUAUUGUACAGAAUUGAAGGCGAAGUUGGAGGCAGAAUUUGGCGAGUAUAGCAAUGGAAGGCACCAGAUUAAGGACGCCAGCAUGGAUGUCCGCAAUCUUGCACAUGAGAUUGCUCAAUCGGAUUCUAUCCAGAAGCAUCUAAAUGGUCGAGAUUCUUGGUUUAAACCUCCGGAUAUCUUGUCUCGAGGAUCUAGUGAAGCAUUAGCUAAAGGGGUUGAGAAAUUCAAUCAACAGCGGCUUCAUGGAGGGUGCCAGGGAGGAGAGGAGCCGAGCCACCUUACUUCAACACCUAUUGCUGCUCUUGAUAAAUUUGUGACUAUAGCAGAUGAUGAAGAUGAAAUCUGA